AUGUCAGACAGUUCUUGUGAGAAUACAGGGAGUGAUUCCGAAAAUUCUGUCGAAUUAGAUAUUAAUUUAGAAGCUUUGCAAGAAUCUGCGAACAAUGUGUUUCACACACAAUGUAAUUCUAUACAAAAGCUCAGCGAAGGUGGCUUUCACAAAGUAUACAUCUUAAAGAUGGAGGAUGGCACAGAAUAUAUUGGAAGAGUAGCAUUCCCUGAAUAUCCUCAUUGGAAAACUGAGAGUGAGGUUGCAGUUAUGGAAUAUGUUCGCUUAAAUACGAACAUCCCUGUUCCCAAAGUCUAUCAUUGGAAUAGCUCUAUCAAUAAUCCAGUAGGCGCAGAAUAUAUCUUAAUGGAGCGUUUGCCUGGUGGUCGUCUAUGUGAUAUAUGGAGCGACCUCAGCAUAGAAAAGAAAAAGUUGGUUCUUUUAAAGGUCAUUGAAAUCCAAUUGGCUCUUAAAAAGCUUAUGUUCCCAAUGAUUGGCAGUGUUUUUUUUGAUGACAAUUCAAAUGAUCAAUUUAAAAUUGACCAGAUAAUCGAAAUUGCUUUCUUUGCUAAUGAGCGGGCAACUCUAACGACCAUGGAACGAGGUCCUUUCAACACGAUAAAGGAAUAUAUUUUAGCUGUUAUUCAAAACCAGAUCCUUUACUACCGUACCUUUAAAUCUUUAGAACAACAAAAUCGUUGGAUUCCAAAAUACGAGGAAUUAUGCAAGUUAGUGCCGAAAUAUUUUUCGGACGAAAGGGAUACAUUUGUGUUAACUCAUGGAGACUUUCACUCAUCAAACAUUUUAGUAAAUGAUAUCGAAAUCACAGGCGUUAUCGAUUGGGAGUGUUCUGGUGCGUUUCCGAUGGAGUGUUUAUGUACUUACCCAGUAUGGAUUACGGACAAUCCUAUGGUAGAAAUAACGAAAGAGGAGUCCGCGGAAAAUCUAACACUGCAAGAAUUUUUUCGGAAUGAAAUGUUGCGCCGUGACCCAGAUUUUAUCCGUAUACUUGAUAGUAUGAAUGAAGAAAAAAAAGAAUUUUAUUCUGCAGUGUUUAGUCAAGAUGAAGUAUGGAAAGUCGAAGAUUUUCUUGAAAGUUUAAAAAAAUAA